UUUUUUUGUCAUCGUCAAUCAGUGACGCGGUUGGUUGCCGAACGGUCCUGUGUUAUAUCGUCCGUCGUUUUUCUUUUAGUAGUAGUGAUAAUAAAACAAGUUGUAAUAAAUAAACAUAUAUAUUUUUUUAAAUUUAUUUAAUCGAGUAGUACGCUGCGAUUCGCUGUAAAACGUUUUUAGCGUGAUUCAAACGUGUGUUCCUUAUUCAUAGAAGACACUAUGGCCGACGAAGAUAUAUCCCACACAAAUGGCAAUGGAAUCGAAGAAAACGGGCAUGUGCCGGAAAUAGAGUUAAUCAUCAAGGCUUCAACCAUUGACGGACGCCGGAAGGGAGCUUGCCUGUUUUGCCAAGAAUAUUUUAUGGACCUGUAUCUCCUCGCCGAACUCAAGACCAUCAGCCUUAAAGUGACUACUGUAGAUAUGCAAAAACCACCUCCUGACUUCAGGAGUAAUUUUGACGCUAACCCUCCGCCAAUACUUAUAGACAACGGCAUGGCCGUGUUGGAAAACGAAAAGAUCGAGAGGCACAUCAUGAAGAACGUGCCUGGUGGUUACAAUCUAUUCGUUCAGGACAAGGAAGUGGCCACUCUUAUCGAAAACUUAUACAGUAAAUUAAAGUUGAUGUUGUUAAAAAAAGACGAUGUGGCGACCAAUAGUUUGUUGUCACAUUUGCGCAAGAUAAAUUCACAUUUGGAGAAGAAAAACACAAGGUUUUUGACCGGUGACACAAUGUGUUGCUUCGACUGUGAACUCAUGCCACGUUUGCAACACAUUCGCGUAGCUGGAAAAUACUUCAUGGACUUCCUAAUUCCGACCGACUUGAGGUACCUGUGGCGUUACAUGUUGCACAUGUACCAGCUGGACGCGUUCACGCAGAGCUGUCCGGCAGAUCAGGACAUAGUCAACCAUUAUAAGCAACAACAGAACCUUAUGUUACAGAACGUCAAGAUGAAGAAACACGAGGAACUUGAAACGCCCACGUUCACCACAUCGAUACCAAUGGAACUAGACAUACAAGACGAGUAAAAUAUACCAAUCAUCUUCCUUCACUUCUGUAUGUGUGUAUAUGUUUAACAUCACUGAGAACAACAAGUGUUUUUUUUUUUUUUUAAAUAUAAUAUUGUAGUAAAGUCGUCAUCCACGUAUGGCAUCUAUUUCGUAUUGGCAUCUAUUUUGUAAUGGCAUCUACGAUUAUUUUUUCUUUCUCUCGUUUUAUUAUAAUUAUAAUAUUAUAUGAUUUUAUUUUUAAUCUACUUAUGUAAUUCGCUUCUUGUUAAUUUAUUCAUAAAUGUUGUAUAUUUUUCAAUUUUUUUUUUUAGUUAGUAUUUUAUUAUUAUACUAAACAGUCGUUGUACGUUUAUUAUUGCAUUAACCAGCUACUGUGUCACGUAUAACUAUAAUAUUAUGUACAUUUUUGUGUGCGUGUAUAAAAAUAUAUGUCCAGUGCCUUUGAUAAUUAUUAUUAUAAUUUUUUUUUGCUCUUUAGAAUUUGAAAGUUAUGUUUAAUAAAUAAUUUUAUUUUCAAACUA